AUGUGCUCCAAGGUUAAUUUUUAUCUGAAAUCACUUCAAAUUGAAAAAUUCCAGCAAAAACCCACGGAACACUGCGCAAAUUGCCGAAAAUUUCUUGGGAAAUUUAAGUGGGAUAUGCAAAACUGGAAUUGUCGACAGGUAUGGUGUCGUGUACGCAAACACGCUACACAUAUUCUCCUCUACCGUAACCCGAAUUUCAAAAAUGCAACUUUUUCUCUGCUAAUUUCAGUCGAAAUUCGUUGGUUUUUAACCAAAUUUUUGUAGUUUUUUGCGCGAAAUUCAAGUUUACACAGCUUUCACACCGAAAACUGCUAUUUUCGACAAUUCUAGGCUUGUUUUGCAGUCGGAACUCGUCGAAUCGCCACUCUCGCCCUUGCCCUCCAUCGAUUCGGGCAAAACCGACUCGGAAAUGAGCUGUUCUACUGAUUUCGACGGUAAUUUUGUUGAAUUUGUGUUGCAGAAUCACUCAGAACCUCAAAAACUCAUAAAAUCAAUUUUUGAGCCGAAAAAUUGUUCAAAAUUUUUUCCAGCUACUAUUCGAGUUUACCACCUCGAUUAUUGGAAUAAAAAUGUGAAAAAAGGUUUGAAAAGUUAGUUCAAAUUUUGUGUGUCAUUUUCAAGCCUUCCCCUUAUGUUUUGGCCUCAAAAAUGCAUGAAAAUGCGGGAGAAUUUUAGGCGAAAAUGCAAUUGCAGACGAUUUCUUCGAUCUGUCGGUGUAUCAGAAAGAGAAGGAGCGUUCAGCGUCGUUCGGCGGCGUCACGCAGUACUCGCAACAAAUAUUGCACCGAAAGAUCGACUUUCCCACCUACUUCAACACUUCUCUCGAGACUUUGGACAGCGGAACGAGGUAUUCUUGUUUAAAAAAAUGUUUGAAUGAAAACUGUGCUGUAAGUAUCAAAAGUGAUGAAAUACGUGUUUAUUUGCAGAACAUCGGAGAUUUCAGAUAGGAAAAGUGUAGUUUCACAGGAGCACUAUCAAUCUAACGUUUCCAAUUGCCCUUUUCCAUAGAUCACCCGUCUUUCCCAAUAUUUCGUCAAAAAACGCGUCUCAGCUGACCGUUUUUAAGUGUCAUGACCCCCCUCCCUCGCUGGUUUCUGAUCGCCCAAAAAAAAUGGGAAAUCAGACACAAAACGAAAAGGAACCACCCCCAUUUUGACAAAGAGAUCAAAAAAGUCGCUCUGAUGUCAUUUUCCCGUUUUUUUUUGUGUGUGUGUGAAUUUAGGCCGAAAUUAGGUCGAAAGAUGACGUCAUCACGUGAAAUGCACGUGGAAACGGGGGGAAUACCCUGUGGUGGUGCCCUUUGGUCGGUUCGAAAAAAAAAGAGAGAUGUCCGAACAUUUGGGAUAAAAAAGUUGGAGAAGAAUGAAGGUUACGGUAGUUGAAUGCAUUUUUGAUGGACUCGGAGCAGUCUCCCCUUUUUUUUCGUAUUCUUUGCAGGAGUCUGGCGUUUUUUGUGAUUUUUUGAAACACUAGUCUAAUACUAAGUCUAAGUCUAACAGUAGACCCAUUUUUCCCCUAAAAAAUGACUGUGAAUCUACCGUAACCCGUCGCCCCCUUCCUCAAUUUCAACCAGUAUUGUGACGUUCAAAGGUCGAAAACUGUCCCCCGUCUUUUUUCUUUUUUUCGUUUGCUCUUCCACCAGAACUCUCUCUCAUUUUUUGCCCCCGGCUCCGCGCCGAUCAGCUGUUCUCUCUCUCUCUCUCUCUCUCUCUCUCUCUCUCUCUCUCUCUCUCUCUCUCUCUCUCUCUCUCUCUCUCUCUCUCUCUCUCUCUCUCACUUUCUCUCUCUCUCCCUCUCUCUCUCCAGACGGCGGCAAACAAUUCCAGUGGAAUGGAUUGCAGACGGCCGAGUAGAAGGAGGAAAAGAGAAGUCUCUGUUUACAAAAAAGUGCACGUUUUUUCGUAGAUCCGCUGAUAUUUCCGGGACUUUUGUGUUGAAAAUGAAAGAUGAGAAGGAAGCACUGAAAAUCACUUUUGUUGAUUGAUUAAUUGAACGCGUCUUUUCCCACAUUUCUGCUCAAAAUCCCAAAACUUUGCAUUUUUCCAUGACAAUAAUGAUUUCUAUAAUUUUCGUCAGCUAACACUAUUUCGAAUCAAUUUCUCUGCAAGUCAUCCGCAAAAAUAUCAGAAAAAGAGCAAAAAGUCGUUUUUGUGCUCGAGAUGUUCCUGUUGAUUUUUCUCUCUCUCACUUUUCGUCUGGAUCCAGCAAAAAGUGUUCACUUUUCUCUUUCUCCGCCUCGAUUCUCGUUGGUUUUCAGCCUCUCUCUGGCGGGUGAACGGUGAAAGUGUGUUUGUUUUGGCUGGUGCUCUGCUUUCACCCCGUCAAACACUCACACACACACACAAUAGCCGUUUUACGAGGCGCCGCCCACUUUGUUCAAUUUAUCAAAGUUUUUUGGACACCUUCCGGCACUUACUUAAAGAGAAGAUUUUCUGCUUGCAAUUGACUAAGAAAUUUGCUAGAACUUUCUUGAAAUGGCACACCGGCCAGAACUUUUGUACCACUUGCAAUAUUUCGAUCGGACCCAAACUGUGCAGACUUCUUGGACAUGGGUUCAAGUACAUUGGGUCCAAGUUUCAGACCGAUCGAGUCAUUCAGUCUGUCUCUCUACGGACAAUGAUCUUCCACAUAUCUCGAGACUGGAUGAUCCGAUCGGGCUGAAACUUGGUACCUAUAUACUUCAGGCCAAGUUACAUCAUUUUUUCCUUCGCUUUUUUUCGCUGUUCACACUCAAACUUCUGUGAUCCGCAUCUCAAAAUCUGAAGAGUUGUUGUACUGUUGUCUUAAGCGCCCCCUCGCCUCAUUUAUGGGGCGCUCUGCCUAAAGCGGUGCUUGGGGAUUGCUCCGAGCAGGAACUGAUAGUCCUUGUUGUUCCGUCCACUGCUCACUUUGAGCCAGUAAUCAUAGAUCCAUGAAGAUCUAACGGAUUAGUGGACGGAACAACGAGCACGAUGAGUUCCUGCUCGGAGCAAUCCCCAAGUGCCCACAUGUAGAGUUGAGCACGAGGCACCCCUUAAAUAGGGUGAGGUGGCGCGUUACAAUAACUUUACAGUUUUCAUGCCAUUAUGAGAAAUUCAAAUGUUCAAUUUUCCCACCCGAUGUGUGCUCUUUUCGAUGGCUCUCCGACCCCACUUUUGCACUUUUGUUAUUGUCGCUCCCAGACACUCUGUCCCCAUUCUUCCGCAAAUUUGUAGGCUUUUUUUCGCACGUUUUCACACUUUAAAAUGACGAAUUACGGUAGUUUUGAGUAUUGUAGACCUCUACAACACGCAUCCAAAUUUAGCGUCAUACGAUUUCUGAGAAAAUUAUUGAAGCGCGUCGAAAUGUUUGCUGGAGCCGAAAAAGCGGCCAAAAAAAUGAUUACGUGAUUAUUUUGAAAGCACUAAUACCGCCAGCCAAAAAAUCCCGCUUUCUUUGGCCUAAAAUCUUGGGAUUAACGGCAGAAACACGGGCCAGUUGGUAUUAUUGUUGGUAUUUUCUCGAAUAGGAUAAUAUAUACACUCAAGUGUAUUCUUAUCCGUUUUCCCGGCGAGAAAAGUGCUAUUUUCUAUUAUUUUGACUAUAACGAUGAAAUGAUUGCGAACAUGAAGACAUUUCGAAUUGGAAGCGACGGACGAUCGGCAUUUCGACCCUAUUUUACUCUAUUGUCGGCUUUUAGGCCCUACCGGCCCAAAAUGUGGGUUUUUUUUUUCGAAUUGCAAUCAUUGGUGCAUGAAACAGUUGUGUAAAAUUGGCCCCUUUUGGUGAUCUUCGAGAGAACACCCUCAACAUUCACUUUUUGGACAACAAAAAGGGAAUGGCAUUGAAAAUGGAGAACGCUCGGAAAAACAAGCCAAUAAAAUUUGGCGUCAAAGUGUUCGCACCGAUCUUUUUCUGCGGUUUCACCCAUUUUCCACUACUUUCUGGUAAUUUCUGCGGCUAUUGUGUGAAAAUUGAUGCUUUCACUUUAACUGACCUGGAACAUCGUAACUAUCUUCAAAAAAAUGCUCUAGACCCCCACGACCACUUUCAAAUCACUAUGCAGUCAACAUUUCUGGUUCCAGGCGGACAAAGACCACGAAUCAAUUGGAUUUCAGUCCUAUGUCAAGGCCACUUUCGCCCGUUUUCCACUUUCUCGACCUCUUUUCGGUGUACAUGGCGAUUUUCAAUUGGUCUAGGCCCAGAAAGCUAAUAACUUUGAUACAAACAUUUUAGGACUUUAUUUUGUUAAUUUAUCUUGAUUUUUGGUCGAACACUUGAGUUGAAGUGUUAUGGGUCCAUGUUUCAGACCGAUCGGAUCAUUUGGUCCCGAGAUAUACUGGUUUGAGGCUGAGAAGGCCGGGCUUUUGCGAAAAUUGCAGUCCUUGAGCCUCUGAUCCACAUAUCUCGGGACCAUAUGAUCAGAUCGAUCUGAAACUUGGACCCAAUCUGCUUCAAUCCAAUUCCAAAAAGCCUGCAAAGUCUGGACCCGAUCGGAUCAUUGCAAGCCCUGGGUUCCUGUUGAAUUUUUUUCGGCUAAAAAAAAUGCCUGUAAACCGAAAGUACAGUAAUCGUACAGUAACCCGAUUCCAACUCGUUCUCUCUUUUUUUUUGUCGGUCCGUUAUCUGUGUCUGCUGCAAAAUAAAACCGGUUUUGCGUGUUCCCUCCUCCCCGCAUUUUUCCCCCAUUUUUCUCUCGAUUCGACGCCUUUUUCGGCGCCGUCGUCUGCCACGAUCAUCGGAGAGAAAAAAGAAGAAGAAGAAGACGGAGAAGGAGAUGGGAGUGAUUUUCGCGCCCGAUAACUUGUACUUUUUCUGCAUUUCUUCUUCUUUUUCCGCCGCCGAAAUCGCCUUUUUUUUGGAGACCUUUUUGAGAUAUUUGCAUAAAUUGACCCAAGCUUGAAAAAUUCAAGUGCUCAGUACUCAACAUUUCCAAAAUUUCACAGUUUCACACUAUUUUUGUAAACCGUAUGCGACAAAAUAUCGCCAAUAUGGUAUCUUGAAUGCGUUUUAAAAAUUGAUUUAUGAGAAAUAGGAAAAAAGCGGCACCGAGAGCUCAUCCAUUUUCGAUUUGUGCUCCACUAACUGAUGUGGGGGGAUCCGUCGGCUCAAUGAUCACUUGACUCUCUCUCUCUCUCUCUCUUUCUCUCUUCUUCUUCUUCUUCUUUUCCUGCCCGUUCAUCACUGAUUUUUCUGGAUAGAUAAUCUCUGAAAAUCGUUGGAAAAAGUGUAGUCACACACGUGCCGGCGCCUGAUUAUCCGCCGAUUGGAGAAGGCGAGAAAAAGUGAGAAAAAGUGGCAUUAAGGCGUGAAACUAUGACGGAAAAGAGCAACGGAUUAGGAGGAUUAUGAACGAGUCAUCAUCCAUCCGAUGCAUGCGAUCAUUUGCCCCCAUUAGAGCGUACGAGCAUAUCACCACAAUUUUUUGUGUUUCAAAGCAUUUUGCUAAAUUUUUAUGGCAUAUUGGGAUUGUUUGUAUCAUAACGACGUUUUGAUGCGUUUGGCUCUGACAAAAUGGUGUGAAACUGUGAUUUGUUCUAAAAUUUAAAAAAAUGUGUCAAGUUGUAAGAGCUCAUCGACCUCACUCACAGCCCGGGGCGAAAUAGCACGUGGCGCCAGGAGGCGGCAGAUUUCCGCGCGUCGGGGGCCGUUCAGGCGGUCCCAGUCGCCGAGGGACCCGCCAGUGUCACAUGCGUUCUUUCUUCUGUGUACGUCUGCGUUUCACCGCUCUUUUCCAAUUUUUCUAGAAAAAUUGCGAUAGCUCUGAAUGUGUCUGACUGUAAUUGUAUGAAAAUUGAAGAAACAUUCGUUUCCUCGCAUUUUUCCUAGUCUAUCCGGAAAAAUGUGAUUUUUCUGAAAGAAAGCCUCUUCUCACACAUUUCGCAUUCCGUCAAAGUUCACUUUUCGCGAAAAGAGGCAUUCUGGGAAAAGGGGGCGAAAACGUUCAGUGUUCAGUUGGUCCCUUCCUUCGUUUUCCAAAAAGUCAUCAGAAAUUCGGCUGAAAAAGUGAUGAUGAUGGAGUGGUUCUUCUUCUUCUUCUUCUUCUUCUUCUUCUUCUUCUCCUUCUUCUUCUUCUUCCUCUUCCUCUUCUUCUUGCUUGUUUUGACGGUGGAGCCCCUCAUUUUUCCACAUUGAAGUGUCGGGUUACCCGCCAAAAUAACAGUAGGAUCCUUUUUUGUUGAAAUUCUUAUAAGUAUCAGGGAGGAAUUAUAGUGAUUUAAAACAGGGCUGAGCAAAGAUCCUUGUCCUGGACUUUUGGCCCACUUGCAACAAUCCGAUCGGGUCCAAACUGUGCAGACUUCUUGUACGUGGAUUGAAGUAGAUUGGGUCCAAGUUUCAUCCCGAUCGGAUUAUUUACUGUCGAGAUAUAGUGCUUGAGAGCCAAUUUCGGCCAACAAAUAAAACCUCCCCGAAAAUCCCAAAAAUUACCACAUUUGCCCCUUGAAACUUUAUCAUGUGUAGAAUCCGAAAAAAGAUGGUAUUCCGCUGAUUCGAUCCUUCUUCUUCGAAUACUUGAAAAGGACGAUUUGGGCAAAAAAAGGGGAGAGGGGAGAGGGAGUGGAACCUGUUUUUUGCGUACUGGUAGAGACGCGGCCGUCCACUUGCCCGUUUCCAAAUGAAGAGCGAAUUGGACGGCGCCGACGACGAUUUGGCAGUAAACUUUCGCUUUUUUUUUGUCUCGUUCCCCGCUCUCCGCGUUCUCGCUCUCUCGCUCUCUCUCUCUCUCUUUUGGUGAAACUUUUUUUGGAUGGUCAGAAGACAUUCUCAUCCGAUUUUUUGUUGGAAUUAAUGUAUGAAAAAAGAUGUGUGACCAGCAACGGAAACUCUGAGAAAAUGCGAAUCUCAUCAGCUGAUGCACCAUUCCCCCCUUUUUGCAUAGAUCAUUUUGGUCAGUAAUCUGGGAAAGUGGAAGAAGAAGAGGAAGAAGGAGCGGAAAAUGGAGAAGAAGAAGAAGAAGAAGAAGAGGAAGAAGAAGAGUGUAAUUAGUUAUGAGACUCUUUCUCCCUCUUUCCUUCCCAUUUCUGAGAGCACAUUGCGGGCCGGAUUCGAAUCCCCUUCCCAAUCCGCUUUUCAGUCCCCGACGAGCCCCGUCACGCUUUCUCACUUUACUUUGACGAUUUUCAGCGGAAAAAUUAGUGUUUUUAGGCCUAGAGCACGAUUUUUCGAGCGAGUUUCGUUCCUGUGGCGCUGUAAUUAUGUCAGAUUCUUUAAACUCGUUCCUUGAACUUUUGAAAUACUAUUUGCGCGGUAGAAGAGAGAGGCGCAGACGAAAAAGUUGAAGGCGCAUAGAAAUAAAUUUGAUGUAGGCGCCUUUAACUGUCGACCGUCUGCGUCUCUCUCUUCUACCGCGCAAAUGGUAUUUACCUCGCUCUCGUAGUUUUUUCGCUAAGCAAUUUCUCGGGCAACGAGAAGCAAAUCGCUCGCUCAGGCCUGCAAUUGGGUUUACCUCACGAUACGAGCGAUUUUUUCUAUGUAAAAAAUCACAAAAGAUUGCUGCAAAAACAGGGUGCCUCGCCGUUUCUCUUCUCUUCUUUUGCGCUGCGUUUGGCGCCCCCGUGCCAUUUCAUUUCGCUUCUCCUCCUGCGUCUCUGUCUUUCUCUCUCUCUCUCACUCUCGGUUUCCCGCAUUGCGUUUCCACACGGCCAAAAUGCCUUUGAACUCGCUCCGAAAAUUCCCUUUUCGACCGUUUUUCCGCUCGGUUUUUCCGAUUUUUCGAAGCUCCGCCCACUUUUGACCCGUUUUUUCUCGGCCCCGAUCAAUUUCUUGGCAAAAGAAGAAGAAGAAGAUGCGAAGUUUGAUGCGCUAUGGGAAAACCGUCACGUUUCGGAUCCUUUUUUCUCUUUCUCUCUUUCUCCCUUUGUCCUUGCUACCUUUUUCCAUUUUUCAAGUAAAUGUCCUGAUUUCUAGAGUCGCAAUCGGCAUUUUAACACGUUUUCCUUGAAAAAUUGAGAGAUUUGUUAAUCGAUUUGCCUGGAACUGCAGUUUCCCACCCUCCUCGCAAAAAUGUUGCAUUUUCGUGUCAUUUGUCGAGUUGCCUACGUGAUUUCCGGCAAAAUCUGCCAGAGAUCAAAGUCUUCCGGAAAAUUAUAAACUUUUUUGCUCUCUCUGAUUUUGCGUAUCGAAUUUCAAUGUGAUUUUUAUUGGAUUCUCAACGUUGCACUUCCGAUUUUGUCAAGUUUGUCAGAAGUCCUAUUUUCAUUGAUUUUUCAAUUGAACAUUUGCCGAAACUCACUUUAUAAUUGCUCAUUUUCUCCUUGAACUCUGUAGAAAGUAUCAUCGAAGUGCCUAGAAGUUUUUUCAAUUGAAAUGGCCACAAAAAUACCAGUUCGUUUCGGCCAUUCGUUCUCCUUCUCCUUCUCCUUCUUCUCCUUCUUUUUGUGAAGACGUUGAUGGUCAGAUUGCCAGAUUGCCUCGAGAUUUCCCUUUUUUCUGAGUGUCUACACAUUUUUUUCGACUUUGCGCAGAGUUUUGAAGAAAGUUGGCCAGAAAAUCAGAAAAAUAAAAUUUUGGAAAUUCCCAAGAAACACCGUAUUCCCGCUGCCGCUUGGUUCCCAACCGAUCGGCCGCGAAUCUCUUUUUGAUUUGUGACUUGGAAUCAAAAUCAAACGAGCGGCUCUCUCUCUCUCCUUCUUUCUCUCUUUCUUUCUCUCUGUUCUUAUCAUCUCCUCCGCCGCCGUAGCAUCCGCAUAAAAAAGUGAAAAAGAAGAAGAAGAAGGAAUCAGCGAAUGAUCACUCCCUCUCUCUCUCUCUUUCUCUCUCGAUCUUUCUCUCUCUUUGUGUCCGAAACCGAAUGGCAAUCAAAAGUGCAAAGUCACAUGUCACUCUUUCGUUUCGUGGAAUUCGUUUUUCGAUUUGAAUCGCACAAAAAAAAGCGAAGGAGGAGAAGACGGGAGAACUUUUCCAAUUAAAAAACGACGGAGCCUUUCGAUUUCCGAGCGGAACACACUGAAAAACGGUCAUUCGGGACCUAGAAACGUGGCAAUUAAUCCGCUCAAAAGGCUCUAGAAAUUAUCCAAUCACUCUCCGGUUCCGUGUUCAAAUCGAUUCACCUAUUCUAGACUUCAAAACCAACCUAAAACUCCGGAAUUUUUCGGGAAUUCCCCCUUUUCUUCUUCUCUUUUUGCUCCAAAACCGUCUUCUCCCAUUCGCCAACAACCGAAUUAUAAUCAGUCUCCCCCUAUCAUUCGCUUAUCAAUUUCUCCCUCCCUCACCCUCUCCCUCUCUCUCUCUCUCUCUCUUUCGCUUCCCGCACGGAGGAGCACACCAAAAAAGAUGCGAGCGCGCGUUUCACUUUAUCAGUUGGAAAUCGAGUUGAAAAGCGGUAAAAUUGGGCACAAAUGGCAGCAGAUUAGUUGUGAGCGAGCAGUGUGUGCAGACGAGGAAUGCGAGCCGCCCAAUACACCGACCAUUUGGACUUUUUGCGAUUUUUACCUAAAAACCACUGUAAAUGUAACACUUUUCUAAUUUCCCUCCAAUUCUCUUCUGUUAAAGAAAAUUCGGCCCAUCUUUCAUCCGCAAUUCACCUUGAAAAGUGUAAAUUCCUCUCAUUUUCGGCUACACUACACCCCCAUCCCCUUCUCACUUUUUUUGACUUCUUAUCUAUCACACACUCACUCCUUUGAUACGUUUUUUCAAUUUUUGCGGAUUACUGUACUGCUGCAUGGUAUUUUUGCUCAUUUUUGUAGAAGUUCGGUUGAAAAUUACGUUGUUCGAAAGAAUGAGAGAGGGAGCGACCAAAAACUGAUAGUGUGAUGAUACUGUGAGUGUCUGAAAAGUGCAAAAUGGCUAGAACGUACUUUGGCCCGGGAAGGGUACGGUCUUGCUGAAAAUUUCGAUUACUGUAGAUAAUUUGUGAUUUUUACAGCUCCGGCUGCGAUUCUUUGAACAUUUUGACAAGUUAAACUUGUUGCCACGCUAUAAAUUACUGUAGGAAUUGCUAUUGAAAUGUUUUCCGAACAUUUUCAUUAUUUUGAGUGAUCGACGCAUUUGUUGCCCAUUUUUUGUGAGAUUUCCCCCUAAAAAGAAGCUGCCUUAUCGCUCUUCUUCUGCGUUUUUUUUCGCUAAAGCCCCCCGGGGAGACUAUCGGAACAGACGACGCCGACGGAAUAAAGGCAGUAAUUUUGCGCGGCGCACACUUAUUUUCACCCCCUCCCCCCCCUUCCACGCCACGCAUGUUUUUGAUUUGUUGUUGUUGUUGUCGUGCCACUUUCUCUCUCUUUCUCUCUCUGUUCCUUUUUUUGCGGCGGCGGCGGCGGACCACUCGGAGGUCCAUUGAGAAGCGAUGAGGCCACGCCCACGCACGUCUGAAAUGGAAAAAAAAGAGAGAGAGAGAGAGAGAGAGUGUCUCGUCGUCUGAGCUUCUAGACGGAACACCGCUCCGAGAGCUGAGCUACUAGUCUGUUUUUGCCUUUUCUCGCCGCACAGCUCGCCACUUUUUCUCUCGACGGCCAACAGUAUUUCGCCGCAGUUCCCAGAACGGCUUGUUUUUCCAUCCAUUCGGAGCACACACACACACACACACACAUCUGAAAAUGAUGGCGGAGAGAAGAGGGAAAGCAGUAGCAGCAGCAGCAGCAGUAGCAGCAGCUCUUAGUAGUUGCGCGUCGACCCGCCACUCUGCAACUACUUCUUUUUCGAGCCGACAAUAUCAAGCACAUUUUCAUUUUUGUGAGGAAAUGGUGCCUCUCUGAACUAUGGUUUGCUUUUAAUGGAACUAAAAGUUAGCUUCUACAAGGAGUUUUAGACAGUUUUAUUCGCAAACAUUUACAGUUACACAAGCCGCUCAAGCUACUUGUAUAAUUGUACGAUAGAGAGCGAAAAGUUAGAUCAGGUACAUCAUUUCUCACAAAAAUCACUUUUCGAGCCUGAUCUGGGAGCUCAAAGCUCUUUUCUUUUCUUCGUCAUGUUCUAACUGAUAAACUUCCAGGAGGUUUUUCAGCCCCUAAAAGUGAUUCACUACCAUUCUCUAUUCCGUUCCGUUCGAAAUGUGUCGUCUUGUCGGAGCCAUUUCUAGACUUCUUUAAAAAAAACACAUGAUACUCCCCGUCUGCCUCAUUCUGAUACCGCUGGACUACUCUAGUAAUUACACACGUUUGGCGCUGUCCUCGAAAAAGUGCACUUUUCAAAGGUCUCCAUGAAAUUUUGUGCGGUAAUUCGCUCGAAAUGUGUAGUUUUUGACCCGAAAACGUGGCAAAUCGUCGUUAUCACGGCAAGAAAUGAGCGGCGCGCGCGGUCAUUUGUGUGCGUGCUCUUUUGUGAAAUUCGCGAUAAGAUUUGCAAGCACACACACACACACACACACAAUCUGUACUCGUUUUAUUCGUAAGAUGCUGAAAAUGUGCGGUCAUUUCGGCGGCGAUCACAAGUCGGACGGCUGAGAAGACGACGAUAUCAGUUGAAAUGGGCAAAGGCCGGACCCCCCUCUUUUUUUAUUCUUUUUCUCUAAAUCUCUUGGAACUUUACAAUAUUUGCCGGCGGUUCUCCUCUUUUUUUCGCUCCCUUCGAUCAUCAUCUUGGAGGACACCUUACACUCCACGGGCCGGGGGAAUCAGAAGAAGAUGAAGAAGAAGAAGAAGAACCACCACCACAAAGUUGUGAUCUUCUUCUUCUUCUUCUUCUUCUUCUCUCUUUGAAAUGACUGCGCCGCCACCUAAUUCGUAACCGAUAUAGAAAGAGAAAGAGAAAGAGAAAGAGAGAGAGAGAGAGAUGGUGUGAUUUUUUUUGAUUGGAUGAUUCCUUCACAUUUUUAAAUCCACCGAGCUACCGUAGUCCGAUCCGAACAUUUAUGAGCAAUUUGCCUAAUCCGCGACGAAAAGUUUCAGAUAAUCCGACAAUAAUCCAAUUUUGUCUCAUCUCAUUUUUUUCUGUAGUUUCAGACAUCCCAUCUACAUUCGAAUGUCACGACCGGGGUUUUUGAUUGUUUUCCGAUUCUUUUGUAGUGAAAAAGUGCUUGAAAAGACCAUAAAAGUUGUAGUUUUCCUGCAGGAAGAGCUCGAAAUUAAUCUCCGCAAAGAGUGCAUCUGGCUCCGCCCCCUUUCUCCGCCAUUUCCCCACAAAUGACUAAUAUCAGUUGCGAAUCGGAGAGCAUUAGAGCUCCCUCUCUCUCUCUCUCUUUCUCUUUCUUUCCUUUUCCGCCCCCAUCCGAUUGACUUUAUCCGCCUCCUCCUCCCCCUCCAUUUGUAUGAAAAAUGAUAGAGUUUGAUCCGAUUUCUGAAUUUUGGCACGAAAAAGUGUGAAAUUCGCUCGUCACUCUGUCGAAAUUGUGCACUUUUCGUGUGAGAAACGAGUGAAGUAGACUGAGAAAAAUUGGCGGCGAACAAAGUUCGCGCGACGUCGUCUUUUGAGUCAUUCCCAAUUUUUCGUCAUUUCUUGAGGGAAUUUUGGAUUAUUUCUCUCCCGGUUAAAAAAAAAUGGUUUUAAAGAGGAGUUUCCAACAAGAAUCUGAUUCUCGUAUGAAAUUGGUGUCGAAGCGUACAAAAAUCUCAAAAAUUGCAAAAAAAAUUCUUGGUGACUGUAUGAAAGUGCAAUUAAUCGAAUUGAUCGUCCUUCUUGUUCUUCCUCUCCCACUUUUUGCAAAUCUUCCGUCUCAACGCCCACGCACUCACUUUUCUGUGAAAUGCACUCGUUUUGCCAUCUCCGUCUCUCCGCAGACCUCCCAGAUCGGUUGGCUGAGAAAUUGACCGUUUUUGCGUCCGAAUCGUCUCUAUCUGCCCAAAAAAACGGCGGCCGUUUUUUGGUCUUUUCAGGCGAAAACUGGUUUUCUUCUGAAAUGUUCGCCGCGUCCUUUGUCUUUUUUCACUUUGCUAAUAAGGUCGAACAAUUAAUUUUGGGCGCUUUUUUGCCCGAGAGAAUGGCGUAGUUUCAAGUGUCUAGACUGACCGAUUCUCUACAAAAAUUAUAUAUUUUUUCCGCAUGGACUUUUGACCCACUUGCAAUAAUCGGAUCGCCAUAAUUUUGGUUCCGAGACGUCCAGGAGUCGAAAUCGACCAAUUGCCAUGUAAAUCUCUCUAAUUCUAUCAGCUUUCAACAAAUGUUAGGAAAUGCAACAAAUAUUGUAGAAAAUGAAAUCGCCCUCCUCCUUCUUUUCUUAUUGCCCACCACGCACAGAUCUUGUGCCAGUCUAGGGUCGUUUGGUUCGGCCGCCUGUUGCAAAAUGCCCGUGACAAAUGUCUUUUCCUCUCUCUUUCUCUCUCUUCUUCUUCUUCUUCUUCUUCUUCGGCUUCAUGGGCGCCGCUCCCGUGUGUCAUUUGUUCCGAGAGCUUGCUAGUGAUUUGGCCAAUUUUUCGCUCUUUCUCCUCGUUUUUUUUUUCGCUCACUCCUCGUCAUUCGCAAAAUAAUUCCAGAGACCUUUCCGUUCUUUCAAACCGAAGCGACACCCUGGAGCAGUUCAAGCUGCCCGCCGGACCCACCGCCCAACCGAUUGUGCUUCUCGGACCACCGACUCGCGGACCACAACCCUAUCACUAUCUCGACUCGGACCCGAUCGUUUUCACCGCCUUGGCGGCCGCGGAUUCUCCUUCUCCCUCGUCUUCUUCGUCUUCCUCUUCUUCCACGACUUCAUCUCAAUCGGACGACACGAUUAUGAUGGAUCUGAUGGAGCAAGGGGCGGAGACGUCGUCGUCGGCCUCCACGUCGACGUCGUCCGUCUCGCGCUUCGGCGCCGACACGUUCAUGAACACGCCCGACGACGUGCUGAUGGGCGGCGGCGGAGACGAAAUGGAGCCGGUGCCGCGCGACCGGUGCAACACGUGGCCGAUGCGCAGGCCGCAACUCGAACCGCCGCCGCACUCGAGUCCCAUGAUCCACGAGCAGAUUCCCGAAGAGGAGGCCGAGUACGUGUCUGUCUGUAAUGGCAACUUUUCGUGUUUCACUCAAUUCCUACGAGAACCCAAUUUUUCACCCCAAUUUGUGCAAAUUCAGUCGUUGGACUUUGAUUUUGUAAAAAUCGCUCGAAUACUGCUUGAGGCUCGCAAAAAUCUCAGUUUUUCCUGGAUUGUUGAGCUAUUUUCAGAUCUGUCUGAAAAAAUAGCGAUAAUGCAUGUUUCCCGCACAAAAGUUUUAAAUUUUUCUAGACAAAUGCAAGUGUUCUGUGCUCGAACGCUUGGAACUUUGAAUGUUUGGCCCUAAAUUCCAGAAACUUCAAGUUUUUACGUGUCAAAAAUCACUAGGAAAACGUGCAAAACCUAGAAUGCAUUCGGAAUUCAUUCCUCUCGUACAUUCCGAAAACACGUGCCGAACAUGCACUUGCGCCAAGGACAUUCUCUUUUUCUCUCUCUUUUUCUCUCUCUCUCUCCCUCUCUUUCUCCUAAUCCCCUUUCGUUUUCAUCAUCGUCGUCAGACGAACGGAAAUGUGAAUGCGUGCGUAGAAGAUUAGCAAGUAUUAUGAGAGAGAAAUGGAUGAUAGAUGAGCACGGGGGAAUGCCUGGAAAUGUUGGAAAUAUUGUAGCUCACCACAAUCGAAGCAUUUCCGAAGAGCUGUAGAACCUCGCUCAAAACAUUGUGUUUCGUAGUUUCUUCUCAACUUUUGAAGAACAAUAAUACGACGAGUACGACGAGCGCUAACAUUCUUCAGAGUUAAAAUAAGGAACUUUUGUAUUAAAACAACAAACAGCACAGUUUUCAUUUAAAAAAGUUAGUUCACAAUAGCGAUACAAUGUUUGCGGCCACAAUUGAUAAUUAUCGGUUUUUGCAGUCUGUUCGGGAGCAACGAACAAUGCGGACGGCUCGGCGGUCCCUCCACAAACGGCUCCACGGCGAUGCUCCACUCGCCCGACGGAUCCAUUCCCACCUCGUUCGCCUCCGAGUGAGUUUUAUCGGAGAUGCUCCUUUUCCUGAAAUAUCAUCGUGUACCGGUUGGUCUCAUUCGUACAGUCGAGAGAAGAACACAUUCUCCUGAUAACGUCGGAAAAACGCAUUUUUUGCUGUGCAUUCAAUAAAAUCGGUCUCAACCGGUGGUGACCCCUCUUUCCCGCUCUUCCUCUCUCUCUCCUCCUUAUCGCUCACAGUUUUCAACUUGACCGAAAUUUUUAUGAUUUUUGAGCUCAUAUUGCUAUGAUUAUGAUGCUAGACUAUCAUUAUUCCAGUAUCCGGUGAGACCUUUCUUUUUUAAUUUUAUACUCGAAAAAUUGCACAUUUGAGCACAAAAAGUGUGCAGUUUUUAAAAGAAACAAAGUUUAGUUCAAAAAUGUGUGAUUGCCAAUAAUCAGACGGCCCCUCCGAACCCUUUAUCAAAGUUUCAGAAUGUCCGACUCGCCGGGAAUGGCGGACGACGCGUCGGCGGCUGCGAAAAAGACGACGACGCGGCGGAACGCGUGGGGAAACAUGUCGUAUGCGGAACUGAUCACCACUGCGAUCAUGGCCAGUCCCGAGAAGCGGCUCACUUUGGCUCAAGGUAGGCGAUUACUGUAGACUGCUCGUUUCUGAAAAACAUCAUGGUCUUCUUUACAAAUCAUUUAUCUUUCCAUUUCAAAAAGUGUGGAACGAGUUGGCACACCACUUCUCUGCUAUUAUCGUUUUCCCGCCCAUUUUCGGCUGGCACGCACUGAUACCCCAUCCUCCGCUCCACCAAGUGUUCAUGUCGAACUGAUAAUGGAAAGAAGUGGCAACAUUCUUCGAAACAUUUCGAAAUAACGACUCCCGGACGUCUAGAAACAGGGUGCUGAGAGACACGAACAGUGAAGACCGACAAUAGUGUCAACAUUUUGAUUCCGAGACGUCCGGGAGUCGAAAUCGACAGCGGAAACCGGGCCAGACUUUUUGAAGGCCUGCCGAGGCCUGUACUUUUGACCCACUUGCAGUGAUCCGAGCCCAAGCCUUGCAGGCUUCCUGGCCUCGGAUUGAAGUACUUCGGGUCCAAGUUUCAGACCGAUCCGAUUAUCUGGUCCAGAGAUAUGUGGAUCAGAGGCCGAGAAGGCCGCAAUUUUGCAAAAACCCGGCAAGUGGGUCAAAAGCUCAGGCCUCUGAAAGCCCUCGUAAAGCUCGGGCCGAAAUUUGCCCAGAAACAGCUGGCGUACCUGGCCGUACUCGGCAUUUAUGCGGAGAAUUAUAAUGAAGCUCUAAAUUAGUGGGGAUUUAGUGAUCGGGGUGUAAUUAGAGACGGUGCCGACGCGAUUUUUGAAGAAAAUUAGACAAAUUCAGGGAGAAUGUAAAGUUGUAGGCGAUGUUGUAAGCAAACUGCAAAAAUGUUCACUGAACACUAUUUUUAGUGUUUUCCGAAUGUUUCGAAAGGGAUCCAAACAGUUGGGACGCGGGCGAAGGGGACCACGAGACGGGGGGGGGGGAUGCUGAACUGGGGACCAUGAGACAGGAAGAAUAAAUGGUCCCCAGUUCAUGCAACACUUCCUUCGGCACCACGACACGGUCCCCGCUGGUCCCAAGCCGUUUGGAUACCUACUCUUCCCAGUAAAACUUUAAUAAAAUUGUUUUAAUUCUAGUGUACGAAUGGAUGGUUCAAAACGUGCCGUACUUCCGAGACAAGGGCGAUUCGAACAGUUCGGCCGGAUGGAAGGUUAGUUUAUUCUUCAAAUUUGUACUGAAAAUGAUGUAAAUCUGCUGACUAUCCUGGAUUGCUAAAAAUAGUGGGUUCUUCCCUGAAAAUCAAAAAAAAAGUCAUUCAAUUGUUGAAAUCACGUCUGAAAUCUGUUCUUUUCCCCCUCUUUCCCUCUGAAAUCCCCCUGAAAAUCGGGAUUCUUAACCGACGCCUUCUUCUUCGGACAAUGGAUACAAUGGACGAUUGUUCGCGCGGAUUCUUCUUCUUCUUGAAUAUAUUAGGGUACAUUCGGAAUUCUUUGUGUUCCCCUCCCUCCAUUUUUUAAUAAAUAAAAAAUGUAGGGGUCUCCGCCGUAGCUGUCUGGCUCAAAAUAGAGCGCGUAGAAAAGUGGGCGGAGCCUAGUAGUCGGGCGGCGCCAGGCUCGGGGGAGCUCCGCGCGGAAGGCACCUUUUCGAGUCCCGGAGAGCCGCGGCGGCGACUGAGCAGCAGCGGGCGAACGGGCUGGUGGCGCCAGCAACGGGCACUGGAUGGCACUAGAAAACAAACGGCCGCCCGGAGCCAGACGACGAGAGUUCUCUCGGGCGCCGAACAGCCUUCCCCCUCCCCUCGUGCUCCCCCUGUCUCUCUCUCUCUCUCCCUCUUCUUCUCCCCAUGGACCCUCCGGAGCAGCACCGCCAGGCCACGGAAGAGCUGGAGAGAAAGAGAGAAAGGAAGGAGGGGAGACUCUAAAUUAGUUGCAUUCUUUUGGCCUACUCUUGACGCACACUUUUUCACACAUUUUGCCACAUUUUCAUGCCCCCUACGCAUUUUUUGACGUCUUCCGGACUGUGCUCUCUGGUCUUGAUUGAAUAGGAUUGGACUAAUGAGCUUGGGACUACUGUAAUAGUUAAAUUCUUGCGCUUUUUCUUCGACUUGCAAAACAUUGGAAUUGGCCCACCAAAUAUCAAAGAUACAAUAGUAUUUCGGUACUCUUUACGACUAUUCUGAAAACGUUCUUUAAUUUUAAUUUUCCGCAUUUCCGCUGCAAUUGGAAAGUGAAAAUGAGCAUUUCUGUUCGGACUCGUCUCAUCAAAAAUGGCGAACAAAACACGACGCUUUUCCAUGAAAAUUUAACGAAUCGGAAAAUAUUUGCAAAUUUCAUCCAAACGGAUUCUGCUCCAUUAGAGUCGCCAACCCCCCGGAAAAGUGGUCCUUUUCGUUCGAACGGUGUCUGGCCCUUCCAUUUGUGCAAAAUCAGAAAUUGUACUCACCCGAGAGGAAAAUAGUUCGUUUUGGGGCGUUGUGCUGGCUUUGCGGUUCAUAGGAACGCCUGAAUAUUGGCUUUUUAUACUUUUUUGUUUAUUCUCAGGUUCUAGAGCUGUUCUAGAACACAUUAGCUGAACUUCUGAAGAUUUUAGAGGUUUGGAAGCAACUGUCUCGAUAAAUGGAGUUUGUCUGAAUGCUCAAGAAUAUCUGAAUAAUCCAGGUAUACAAACGGCUUGGGACCUGUCUCAUGGUCCCCAGUUCAGCAUCUCCCCCCGUCUCGUGGUUCCCUUCGCCCGCGUCCCAACUGUUUGGAUGCCUGUGA